AUGACUCACCUCAUUAUUGCUAAGGAAAACCCUUGGUUAAUGAACAACCCCUAUCAUGAAGAUAAAAGCAAGGCUCUAACAUAUCAAUUGGGCAAAUUCUGGGAAGUUGAAUCGAUAGGUAUACAGAACGACGACAGUUUGAUAGCGAACAAAGAAUUUCUACGAGAAAUACGUUACGAUUCGGAAAACCGUUAUGAAGUGAAUUUACUGUGGAAGUCUGGACAGAUACCAAGGUCUAAUGUAUAUAUAUAUAUAUAUCAUGUGUUAAUCGUUUACGACAGCUUCAUAGGAAACUGAAGGGAAAUGAAGAACUUCUCUGUGAGUACAACAAGGUAAUCCAGCAGCAAACGAAGGACGGAAUUGUGGAGCGUGUUCUUGAUCAAAACGAGCCAGAUGAAGUGACAUACUACCUUCCCCACCACGGAGUAAUUCGAAGCGAUAAGGAAACAACGAAAUUACGAGUUGUAUUUGAUGGGUCCGCCAAGCCAGAUAACACUAAUUUAUCGAUCAACGAAUGUUUAGAAACAGGGCCUAAUCUGGUACCACAUCUGUUUGAUGUUGUUGUUAAAUUCCGAGGAUAUCCCAUUGCUAUGAUCGCCGAUGUCGAAAAGGCUUUUCAUCAAGUCCUAAUUGCACCUGAAGAUCGACGGAUGAUGCGAUUUUUGGGGUUUGAUGAUGUGAACAAAGCUAAUCCAGAGAUCGUGAAGUACCAAUUUUGCCGUUUGCCCUUUGGUCUUACUUCAAGUCCAGCCAUCCUAUCCUCGGUAUUGCAGCAUCACUUUAAUAAACAACAAUAUCAAGCUCCUGAAGUCGUAUCCUUGCUUCAAGAGUCAUUUUACGUGGACGAUUUAGCAACUGGUGCAUCAACUGAUGAGGAAGCAAAUCGAAUUUACGAACAGUCAUCUGAGUUAAUGAAUCGGGGAGGAUUUCGCCUUAGGAAGUGGUAUACCAAUUUGGAGGCCUUACGCGCGAAAAUCAACGUCACCGUUAACAAUAAUCCAGAGAAUGUUGUGAAUUCAGAGACGGUGUCAGGUAAACCUGGUGACGUAGUAAAAUCUGCUACCCCCGGGAGUAAGCAUGAACCGGAGGAAAACCUUGAAUCACCAGUCAAUUCAGUUAAGGUAUUGGGAGUGAGCUGGAACGUUAAAACAGAUACUUUACAUCAAGAGCAUUCAGAUCUGGUGAAGUAUGCCGAAACGUUGCCCCCUACGAAAAGAUCAGUUCUUAAGUUGUCUGCGAAGAUUUUCGACCCUAUCGGUUUGAUAACACCCCUUACUAUCCAUACGAAGGUACUGUUUCAAGUGUUGUGUUCGUCCGACUACGAUUGGGAUGAUGAAUUGACGCCAGAGUUGUUAUCGUGGUGGAAUCGACUGAUAGCAGAUAUGAACGCAUUGAAGAAUAUUCGAGUUCCUAGAUGUUAUUUCUCUUGGAGGGAAGGCGAUCCAGUUGGUCAUCAGCUACAUGGUUUCAGUGAUGCAUCGUGCAAGGCAUAUGCGUGGAUAGUCUACUUGCGUACGGAACAUGCGAAUGGAGACAUUGAGGUGAACCUAGUUGCAUCCAAGGCUCGUGUGGCACCCAUAAAACGACAAUCUAUCCCUCGCUUAGAAUUACUCGGAGCCACCAUUUUGGCUAGACUUGUGAAAACUAUCCAGAAAUCUCUUGUGUCUUUGAAGAUACCACCCGAAGUGUAUUAUUGGACAGACUCGCUUACAACCCUUUGUUGGAUUCGAAACAACAAGGUUUGGAAACCAUAUGUACAGCAUAGAGUCGAGGAAAUACGAGAACAUUCUGAUCCAACCCAUUGGAGAUUUGUGCAAGGAGAACUAAAUCCUGCGGACUUGCCCUCGCGAGGUUGCAAUGCAAAAGAACUUUCAAAGAAUCAAACCUGGUGGAGCGGACCAGAGUUUUUGAAACAUUCCGAGGAGAGUUGGCCUGAACAACCACUGACGAAUGGUAUAGAUAACGAAGAAGUUGCUCUCUCAGAAAUGAGGAAGACACCACCUGCAGUUGUUCGAUCUCUUGUGAACUUAUCACAACGUGGCGAGAUUUUAGAAAGAAUUGACGAGAUCAUAGAUUGCAAGAGAUACAGUACGAAAUUACGGUUACUGCGAGUGUCAGCAACUGUCCAAAGAUGCGCAAAGAUCUGGAGACAUGAUGAUCGCGUGCCAAAAAACACAGAAUUAACGGCAGAUGAGUUGAAGCAAGCCGAAAGAAUGUGGAUUAAAGCUAUUCAAGAACAGACGUUCCCAGACGAGUUACAAUAUCUAAAGGGAUCGAAAAAAUCACCGAAACAGAUCGUGACUCAAUUAUCGUUGUAUUUGGAUGAGCAUGGAAUCAUAAGAUGCGAAGGACGAAUCCAGCACUCAUCUCAUGAAGAUGUAACAAAGCAACCUAUUCUUUUACCAUCGAGACACUGGUAUACCGACCUACUAAUUUGCGAGAGGCACAGGACAGUGCAUCACGAUGGGAUCCGAGAAACCGUGAAUUGCAUUCGAGAAGAUUAUUGGAUAUUACGUGCUCGAGAAUCAGUUAAAAGAGUGCUCAAGAAGUGUGUCGUGUGCAAACGAAUGGAAGGCAAACCCUUUGCAACCCCUAAGAUUCCACAAUUGCCACCUGAGCGUGUAAGUGAAGAACCACCAUUUACGAACACGGGAAUUGACUUUGCCGGUCCACUGUACGUGAAAUUACAGAGUCAAUCCGGUAGCAAGGAUUCCGAAAAGGUCUAUAUUGCUCUUUUCACUUGUGCAUCAACGAGAGCAGUUCAUUUAGAACUUGUCGAGAAUCUGUCGGUCCCAACAUUCUUUCAAGCAUUCAGAAGAUUUACGAGUCGGAGAGGUUUACCAAGUACGAUAUUUACAGAUAACGCCAAGACCUUUAAAGCAGCUUCACGAGAAAUAACGAGUAUAUACACAUCGAAGGAAACCGAAAGAUAUUUUGUCAACAGAGUCGUCGUGUGGAAGUAUAUAAUCGAGAAAGCUCCUUGGCACGGCGGGUUUUACGAGAGAAUGGUACGCAGCUGUGUAAAACGUUUGAAAAAGUCAAUCGGAACUGGUUCUGUAACAUUCGGAGAGCUCAGAACCCUGCUCGUUGAAAUUGAAACUACCAUCAACAAUCGUCUAUUAAGUUCAUUAACAUUCAUCUACGAUGACGAAGAAGGAGUAUCGUAUGCUCUCACACCGUCACAUCUCAUUUAUGGACGUCAAAUUUCGUCUCAUUUGAAUCACCGACAUUACGAAGUAGUCAGCACAAUCAAAACUCUAACGAAAAGAGCGAAGCACCAGCAGCGAAUGCUUGAUCAGUUCACUAAACAGUGGAGAAAGGAAGAUUUACUCAGUCUUCGAGAGUCGGCGAAAUUAUCCGCGAAACCGUCAAAAGAAACGAUUAAGAUUAAGAUUGCUGAUAUUGUUAUCCUCAGAAAUGACAGUACCAAACGUGUAUUUUGGAAGUUCGGAAAGGUGGAAGAACUCAUUCCAAGCAAGGAUGGAAUUAUACGAGCGGCAAGAGUAAAGGUUCAAGGAGACGGUGGAAAGCAAGUAAUUCUGCGAAGACCGAUACAGCAUCUCAUCCCACUUGAAGUCAAAGCGCAGUUACCAGAACCCGAAUGCAAUCAACCCCCAGUUAACAGCGUUGAAGAAGAAGAAACGGAAAGUGCAAGACCAAGAAGAAAAGCAGCGAUAGCUGCAGACCGUUUUAGAGCUGAGUUAUACCAACGAUAUACUAUUUAG